AUGAUCGCCACUGUAACUUCAAAACGGCAGGUUGUAGCUCCUAAGACUUAUGACCAUUCAAAGGAGAAUGAUCACAGAAGCAACAACUGGAACAGAAGAAGAGAACAACCUCGUCGUCAAAUUUAUUUCGACCAACGAUCAAACAAUGGAUACAACAGAGAGGACUAUUCCAGACUUAAAAGAGACCGCGAUGGCAGGUGCGACCGAGAAAGGCAGGUGGUACGAGAUGGGUAUGACAGAAGAGGGCCUAAAAGAAGAUGGGAGGAGGUUGAUAACUACAAUGAGAAUGCAAAAAUUGAACAGAACAACAUGUGGAAUGAAAGACGUAAAAUAAUGAAUGACAAAUUUUUAUGA